AUAAGUACAUGAGAGAAAAGACGGACACUUCAGCAGAAGGUCCUGCAUUGGCAUCUUGUGCCAUAGACAUGGAGGGAUCCAGUGACAAGCUUUUCUGCUGCAGGUGGGUGCGCCACAGGGUUCCCUUGGCCCACAGAGAGGAAUUGUACCACAUCCUGAGGAUGACAGGGCCUCUGCUGCUCUCUCGAAUUCUCAAUUACCUGCUUCCAUUUGUGGUUACAAUGUUCUGUGGACGUCUGGGAAAUGAAGUUAUGGCUGGCUAUGGAUUAGCUUCUGCUACCAUUAAUGUCACCACUGCAGCAACAGGGUACGGUCUGGGGCUGGCAUGCGAUACUCUUGUGUCCCAGACAUUUGGUGGGAAGAACCUGCUGCGGGUGGGAGUGAUCCUUCAGCGGGGCAUCAUUAUCCUGCUGUUGUUCUGUCUGCCAUGCUGGGGUCUGCUCAUUAAUGCCCAGGCCAUUCUAUUAUGCUUGGGUCAGGACCCUGAGGUGACCAGAAUAGCCCAGCUGUAUAUUACAGCCUUCCUUCCUGCUGUACCGGCCAUGUUUCUACAUCACCUUCAGGUGUCUUACCUGCAGAACCAGGGUAUAAUACUGCCUCAGAUGUACACUGCUGCCAUGGCAAACAUAGCAAAUGUGGUGACAAACUACAUCUUUCUUUACUGGCUGGAUCUGGGAGUUAGUGGAUCUGCAGCAGCCAAUACUCUGUCUCAGAUUUACAUCUGUGCUUCUCUGUUUGUUUACAUUUGGUGGAAGAGGCUCCAUGUGAAAACAUGGGGAGGCUGGUCUGUAGAAUCACUUCAGGAGUGGGGCUCCUACAUGAAACUAGCCAUUCCCAGUACACUAAUGAAGUGCUUUGAGUGGUGGGUUUAUGAGUUUGGGGGAUUCUUUGCAGGAAUGCUGAGUGAAGAUGACCUGGCAGCUCAACAUGCUGUGAUAAUGGUGGCAUUCAUAACCUACAUGUUCCCUCUUGGUGUUCAAGCUGCAGCAUGUGCCCGAGUGGGAAAUGCCCUUGGUGCAGGAGACAGUGCCAGGGCGAUCCUUACGAGCAAGGUAUCCCUCAGUCUCGCAGGUAGCAUUGCGGUUGUUGAAGGCGUGGUGCUUGGCUCUACUAAAACAGUGAUUGGCUUCAUCUUCACAUCUGAUGAGAAGAUCAUAGGUUUGGUCUCGCACUUGAUGAAUGCCUACUGUUUCCUUCAGUUCUUCGAUGGUCUUGUGUGUGUGUGCACUGGCAUCUUUUUGGGCACGGGCAAACAGAAGAUACCAGCUGUGGCUAAUCUCAUCGGAUACUACUGCAUAGGACUUUCACUCAGUGUUACUUUAAUGUUUGUUGCAAAGCUGAGAGUUUUAGGUUUUUGGCUGGGACUGCUCAUUUGUGUCGUUUUACAGUCCACCUUCUACAUAACUGUCAUCUUCAAGCUGAACUGGGAGAGAAUGACAGAGGAGGCUGUGAAACGAGCUCAGAAAAACACUCACAUGACAUUGCAGAGCUCAGCUGCUCUGUCAUACACUGCUGGUCACGACACUGCUAACCAGACAGCGAGUAAUGGGAACUCAGUGGAUGACUACACGCCUGUGAGAAUUGAGUGCCAUGAUGGAAAUGUGGUGCAGCAGAUGAGGGGAGGUCGUCUCUCCACCACCCAGCUGAUCCUCAGGCGAGGCCUCACUAUGUUUGCGGCUGUUGGACUUCUGGCUGUGGGAGCAAGUGUGCACUUCCUUGUGCCAUUGCCAGAGACCCCACCUUCAGAGGCUAACCAUACUAUGGAUUGGAUCAAUACUACAUACACUCCUGAUCAAAUUUUCUCCACUGUGCUGAUCCCAAAUUAAGAGUCAGAU